CCCUGCACGCCUGAACUCAAUUAUCUGCUAAUGAGCUUGUAUUUACUUCAGUCACACAGAAAAUGCAUUAAAAAAAAAAAUCAUUAAAAAUGUGUUCCCUUGCACCACAACAGAAUUAGAAAAACACACCACACAUAUCUAUUAAGAUAAGACUGAUCUCCAUCGCCUGUUAAUUUAUUUCCAGUGUUACAACCAGUUGCUGCAGCCACACAGUUAAAGGUGUCACACCAUACGAAAGUGCAACUAUGCACUUUCCUUUUUUGCUUGGAGGUCAGGGUGCACAGCAACACUGGAGCUGCAGAGCACUGACAAUACGUCGCAACAAAAUAAAGAUUUUAUUUAUUUUAUAUGUAAAUGCUUAUAUGCAAAACCUUUGAGGAUUGGUUCAAAAAAGAGCAUUUUGUACUUCAAAGAUAUGCAUACAUUUUCUAAUGCAUGGAGGUGUUACUUGAGGGAAUUUAAUUGAACGACUGAUCCUUAUUGUGAGUUUUCAGUUCACGAAAACAAAUCACUUGUAUAAUCUUGGUGUGCACGAGACUAUCCACCCUGUUCUGGUGGCAGCUGUGGCUUUGAAGCUCUCUUCCUGCUGUGAGAGGAGGAACAACAGAGCACCGAGACUGUCAACAAACCACACAGCCCUGCUAGACAUCGUAGGAAAUAGGAGGGGCAUUUACAGACUAGGUUUUGGUAUAUCUCAUGUCUGGUACAGAUUGAGUAGCUGUAAAAGGCCAUGAAGACAAGCUUGACGUGUCCACUCCUAUGCAUUCAGCUCAUUGUAGCCUGUGCAGAGGUGAUCUUCGUUCAGAGGACAGAGAGCCAGUCGGUGCGGCUCUCUUGUUCCCCUGAGCGGCCCGGGGCCUCCCUCACCAGCCUGCACCUGUACCACAGCAGCACCCGGGGCCAGACCACCCUGCUGUCCAUGGCUGAGGGAGCCGGGCUCAGGGUCGUCCUCGAGCGCCGGGGGCGUCUGCACGUCUCUGGAGGACUGGACUCCCCUCAGAUUGGUGUGACCGUGUCCCAGCUGCGGCACACAGACACGGGGGUCUACAGGUGGGAGCUCACCUACAGGGAGAGGAACAGCUCUGACCGAGUCGAAGUCAGCAAUCAGCAAGUCUUCCUGCUGGUUGAGGGCACCGGGAGGCAGUGCCAGUGCUCUCCCAGGUACACCCCUCUGCUGUACGCCAUCUUCACAGCAGUGGGGCUUCUUCUGCUGAUACUCUGCUGCCUGCGCAUACUCAUAUGUAUGAAGGCGAGGCAUCGUCACAAACCACAGCCUCCAGCCCCCAUCUAUGAGGAAAUGAGCAGGAAGCAGCAGACUACCGGAAUCUCUCAAAAUAGCCGCGAGGCCCCUUCACACCUGCAGGAAGCCGACUUCCCUGUGUACGCCAACCCCAACAUCAGGCAAACACAGGAGAACUACUACGCCUGCCCCAGACAGCUGAGCUCAGCCUGACAGCAAACUAAUGGGGGGUGGGAGGUGUGAACACACACACACACACACACACACACACACAGAGGACUUGUUUCUGCAUGAGUAAAAUGGAUGGUUUCCUAAGAGCUUGCAGAGAUGCCAACACAGUUUUUGUCUGUGAUGGAUUGUUUGGUUAUGGAAUAAACAAGAAUUCA